AUGGCGGAAUCAGGAUCAAUUUUACCACAUUAUAACGUUAUUAUUCCACUUUCUUUGUCAUCAGAACAAGAUAGGUUACAUAAUAAUUCUUCUAUUCGUUCGCAAAAAAUUGAUGGCGAGCGUAAAGAAAUUAAACAAACCGCUGUUAAAGCUUUACAUCAAAAUUCUAUAUUAGCUAUGCAUGCGAUUGCAAGUGGUGAUUCACCUGCUAGAACUAGAUUACGGAUGUUACGUUAUUUAACAAGUUUACCACAAAGUGAAUCUUUGGGUAUUAUUUAA